AUGUCGAUAUCAAAAUUAUUCGUAAAAGUAUUCAAUGAAAACAUCUUUGACCAACUGGAUCAGGAGAAUCCCUAUUCAGACCUCGACGAUGACUUGGAAGGAGCCAAUUGUUCCACGCUGCCGGAAUCGAAGCCGCUCAAGAUUGACGAAUUGUCUGUGUCAAAGCAAAUGACCAUCGUCAAGACCUGGCUGGACGACAAAUUUCAGCAAAUUCAAACCGACAGCAAUGAGGAAAUUCGUCGCCUUUACGCUGAGACAGAGUCCCGCAUUGGACCGGAUCUAACCAUAUUCGAUGUGGACUACACCACAACGGUGCGCGUAUCCUCGGACCGGCUGGCCCUUCGCUCCCAAGGCAGCUUCAAUACGGUGCGAACAAAUUGUUGCGUUUAUGGCGGCCGUUGGAUGUAUGAGGUUCAACUUCACACCAAGGGAGUGAUGCAAAUGGGCUGGGCCUCCAGCCUUUGUCAGUUCAAUGAAAAUAGCGGCGUCGGUGAUACCAAAUUGAGCUACGGCUACGAUGGCAGUAAACAGCAGAUCUGGCACAUAUCCACCAAAAAAUAUGGCGACAAAUGGCAAAUUGGGGACAUAAUUGGUGUGACACUCGAUGUGGACAAGGAGCUCAUUGAAUACUAUCGUAAUGGUCGUUCUAUGGGCGUGGCAUUCAACAAGCUGGAGAAGGGUCCGGGCAUAGCGUUCUAUGCGGCCAUCUCGCUGGGCUACACUCAGGGCAUUCAGGCGAACUUUGGCAAUCGUCCGUUUGUCUAUCCAGUGCCAGGAUUUCAGCCUUUGAUGGCACGGCCCAUCCUGAAGCUGCGACGCGCCAAUCUGCUGAUGAACUACCUCACAAACCUCGCAGGCAUUUUCGCCAAAUACAAUGCUCAGUACAAGGCCUCGGCGAACCAGAGCGAAGCUCGUGUGUCCACCAAAAAGACGGUUUACUGCAUCUUUGCCACCAUGCUAAUUGAACGCUUUACCAACGAGAUCUUCGACUCGUACAUCAUUGAGGAUGUGCUGCUGGCCAGGAUUUCCAGCAUGACCAGCCUCACAGCCGAAAAGGAGAAUCCGCACAGUGUGCUGCAGGGUCUGCUGUCGCUCUUCUGGAACUUCAUGGAGGGUGACGAGAUCAAGUUUGUGCUGCGCAAGAUGGUGAAUGCGCUGCUCUCCACAUUUACGCACACGGUACAGGGCCUGGACUAUGAGAAGCAUCGCCAGGCGCUGGCCAUGCUGCACUGUCUCUGCCUGAAUGAACAGACGCGGAAGUUCCUACUCGAGGGGAAGCUUUUCAAGAAGCACUGCAUUGCAUUCUUCCUGUACAUUCAUCCGCUGGAGUUCUAUAUUAUGGAAGAGCUGCUGCCCGACUACAUGGCCUGGACGGAGGGCAUCGAUGGGCCCAAGGAAAAGUAUCUGGGCAUUGUGGAAAAAGUGCGCAAGGUGACGGAGCCACUGUAUGCCGCUCAAAAGGAUUUUCUCAGCACGCUGAUGAUCAACAGAGACGGCACGCCUACCAGUCCCUCCAGUCGCACGCUAUUCCUGGCCAAAAUGCGUCGCUAUGUGAUCGAUCUGAGCAUGGAGCAGCGGCCCUUCCAUGCUUUCUUUUUUAUGCAGUCGAGCAUUCAGCAUCCCCUAGACGCUCCGGUGGCUCUGGCCUUUGUCUGCAUUCUGAUCGAUCAGUCGCGCAACAUGUUCAGGGAGGAGCUGCCCGGCAAGAAUGUAGAAGUGAAUGCGGACUACUUUUUCGAUGGCACCUUCGACUACAUGCACUUUGAUCGCGUGGGCGGUGUCCUCUCGCAUUUGCGCAAGGUUCACCGAUCGGACAUUGAUGCGCGUCUGGGAUCGGUGCGCACACAGCAGAUUUAUGAUGAGGAUCGCAGUAAUUCGAGAACCAAUGAAAUGGACACCACUCUCUAUCUGCUUGGUGAGAAUGUCCACAAUGUGGCGGUGAUUGGACACACGCAGGGCACCAACAACACCACCUUUACGCACUUUCUCAAUCCGCGCACCAAUCAGGGUGGCGAGGCAACGCCCGGCAAUGCCGAUGCUGAGGCCAGUCUCUGUGAACUCUUGGAUCUGUGCAUCAUUUUCUACUACUCGGCGGGGCACAAGUAUAUUGUGAAAAUUGCCUCAGUCAGAGAUGAGAUUGCAGCGCUGAACGAUGUGCUCAAGGAAACGAAAUACUAUCGCGAGGACGUGGAACGCAAGCUGCUGGCUCUGGAGCAGCAUGCCAAUGUAUGCAUGAAUGAUGGCCAUCAGCAUGUAAUGGGAGAGCUGCGUGCCAAGUUUAGUCAGCGUCAAAAUGUUUUUGCGACCCGUUCCAUUUCGCUAUCCAGAAAACAAAUCUGGCUACGUGGCGUGGCCUUGAAUAACCAGCGGCGUUCGCUGCUCAUUUGGAUGCUGGAGCGCAUGAUACGCACACUGACGAACGCCUCAAACACUGGCCCAUUGUUCGCCUUUGUGCCCGAGGUGUAUGUGAAUACGUUGCCCAUACUGCUGGACGCUGUCAUGGACUUUAGUCAUCACGAUAUGAAAGCUCAGUUUGAGGCGACGGAUUCCGAGUGCGCUGUCACUUCGGCAGCAGAAUUUCUCGGCGUACACUCGGCGGAUCCGCGUAUUGUGCUUGCCUCCUGCAAGGACUCACUGCUACAAGCCCUGGGCACACUCACCUGCCACAAGGCUGGUGUGCGAGCCCUGGAACGUUCCUCGCGCAAGUCUCAAGUGGCCCUGGUGCGUGCCCUACUCCGGCCGUACGAAAACCGCGCCUGGGGCCAGAGCAACUGGCUGUUGUUGCGCUUCUGGAUGGGCGAGGGCUAUGCGUACAAGGACUCCCGACAGCCCUGUGUCUGGCAGGGCGGCUCGUUGCCGCUGCACAUGGGUCUGUGCCGCAGUCGCUCAAAGAAUGAGACGCACACGGGACUGCUGCACAAUGUGGCACCCGCCAAUCCAUCGAAGCAUUUCCAGCGCCUAAUUGGCUCCAAACUGAUUGAGGAUGAACCAUUUGCCACCAGUUUUCUCAACUCUGUGCUGAGUCAACUUAAUUGGGCGUUUUCGGAGUUUAUUCUGCUGCUGCAAGAGAUACAAAAUACCGCACAGCGUCAGGAGAACACACUGUUCGAGCCCAAGCAGCUGAAGAUCUGCUCCAUGUGCUUUGAAUUGACUGUCUCGCUGAUGCGCUGCCUGGAGAUGAUCAUCACUGUGGCGCCGGAGAUUGUUACAGAUCCUUCGCGGCCGAAUAGCGAUCUGCUGUUGAAUCGCAUUUGCCAGUUGAUCAGUCAAGUGCUGUCGCGGGUCACAGUGCCGCCGGGCUGCUUCCAGUUUGUGGUGGACAUGUGCUCGGCCGAUCUCAAUGCGGUGACACACUUUCCCAUUAUAACAGCCGCCUUGGGCAUACUGCUGGCGCUCAUGCGCAGUGAAAUGGAUGUUGAUAUCACACCGCAAAAGGUGACGCGUCUGUCGCGCGCUUUCCUCACCGAUCCCAGCUUUCAGUUUGCCACGCUGGAGUUUGCCUUGGGCGAGAUACGUACGCCGCUGCUGGAGCAGAAGGAUAUACCCCGCGGGAACUUCGAUCCGUCUGCCAGGCCGCACAUUGAUCCGCUUACCAACGAUUUACGGGUGCCGUUUCCCACCAACUCCAAGCGCAUACGUGCCGAUCCGCCCAUCAUUAAGUUUGCGCUAACAGAUUUUCCGACGCACGUCAACUCCGAGGAAAUUGACAAUAUACGCCGGCUCAUCGACGGUCUGCGCAUGAAGCAGACGCUGCUGUCGGACAUCACUUUACCCUCGGAGGACUCGCUGUGUCCCAUUUGCUGCGCCAAGCCCAUCACCGCCGUUUUUACGCCCUGCAAGCAUCAGUCCUGCAGCGACUGCAUCAUGCAGCACAUGAUGAACUCCAAGGUGUGCUUCUACUGCAAGACGACCAUUCACACGAUUGAAACACUGGAUGGCACGCUCAUCUACUCCAACGAAGAUGUCAUGCAAACGCCCAUGAACGAGCGGGCAUAAGGCGCAAAAAACUCAACCCACCGAAUCGUAAACCAAAGAAAACCCCCAACCAAGUCUAGUCACUGUUAAAAGACAAAACCUGCUACGCUUAAAGUGUAUAAAUGACACACACACACUUACAUACAGAUAAAUUAUUAUUCCUUCAGUUAGAAUAUUAUUUUUGGCUUAGAUGCUUGCAACAAAUAAGUUAAGAUGUGAUAUGCCCCACAAAAUAAAGUGGGCAAAAUAACAAUUGAUUGACAGUAAAUUAAGUAGCACAAAAUAUCAAUUUUAUGAUCUCUGUUUCUAUACCUAUGUAAAUCUCAAUGUCAACUCUAUGCUCAAAGACUAUUUA